GCGGAGCGAAUGAAUAACGGUUCGCGAGCAACAACGAUUCUUUACUCGAGAGCGGAGUAAUUUUCCAAGUCGACAAAUAGUGUUUCAAAACCAAAACGAGAUUUAUUCGACUAGUCGCGCCUACAAAUUACCAAAUCGAAGGAGCUGCAAUUCAGGUCCCGAGUCCGCGGAGCAAAAUCUGUGGAAAGUGCUAGAAAAAAAUAGGAAAGAAAAACCAGUGACGCGAGCAACAACAACAACAAACCGUCAUCGGACGAUUUAUACAAUAUCUAACGCAGAGUCCAAAGCAUGAAUCUGUCAUUCGCUGGCUGCGGAUUCCUGGGCAUUUACCACGUCGGAGUGGCCGUCUGCUUCAAGAAGUAUGCACCGCAUCUGUUGCUGGAGAAGAUUGGAGGCGCUUCGGCCGGUUCCCUGGCCGCCUGCUGUCUCCUCUGCGAUUUGCCAUUGGGGAGCAUGACUUCGGAUUUCUUUAGGGUAGUGAACGAAGCACGUCGCUAUUCUCUGGGUCCCUUCAGUCCCUCCUUUAAUAUUCAAACUUGCCUCCUGGAGGGUCUGCAGAAGCAUCUGCCCGACGAUGCCCACAAGCGGGUUAAUGGACGUCUCCACAUCUCACUUACCCGAGUCUAUGAUGGAAAGAACGUGAUCAUCUCGGAGUUUGAGUCAAGGGAAGAGGUCCUGCAGGCAUUAUUGUGUGCAUGCUUUAUACCAGGAUUCUCUGGCAUUCUGCCGCCCCGUUUCCGUGGAGUGCGCUAUAUGGAUGGUGCCUUUUCGGACAACUUGCCCAUUCUGGACGAGAACACAAUCACAGUGAGCCCGUUCUGCGGCGAAAGUGAUAUUUGCCCAAGGGAUCAGAGUUCACAGCUUUUCCAUCUGAAUUGGGCCAACACCAGUAUCGAGAUCUCCAGGCAGAACGUAAAUCGUUUUGUGCGGAUCCUCUUCCCCCCUCGUCCCGAGUUUCUGUCAAAAUUCUGUCAGCAGGGAUUCGACGAUGCCCUGCAGUUCCUCCAUCGAAACAAUCUUAUCAAUUGUCGGCGUUGCGUGGCAGUUCAGUCCACAUUCGUGGUUUCCGAGACAGUGGCCCAGCCGCAGGAGUUUGAUCCCGAGUGCAGGGAGUGCAAGAAGCAUAGAAAGGACGCUUUGAGCUCAAAUAUGCCACAAACAGUGCUGGAUGUAAUCCAGGAUUAUAUCGAACAAGCUAAUAAGGGUCUGGCCAAUUGGAUCUUCAAACAUCGUGGUAUUAAACUGCUUUCCCUGCCUGCUACAGUGCCAAUGGACUUUCUCCUUGCCACUAUUUCAAAAAUAUCAGAAUUGACGCCGAAACUUACCAAGCAAGCCAGAGUAAUGGUGGAGGACUUUGUGCUUCAGUUGAAUAACGCCAUGCGGAUACGCCUGCUAAAUAAAUUCACUCUUUAUGACCAGCCUCACUUUGAUGCCACUGGACUCCUCCAUUCCAGUCGCUUAUAUGGACCUCGUGUAUCAAUUCUAGUAGAUGAAUGUGGAGCCACCCCACUAGAGGACGAUGUCGAUAACUUUGAGCAUGUCCUCAAGAUGACCACGCACAACGACGCUCUCUAUGCCUAUUACUACACCGACAAUAACACAAACAAGGUUAAAGUAACUGAGAUUUUCGAUUUUGACGAUAUGACGGAGCAUGACCAACUGGCCACUGAUCUGCAGAUAUACGAAGGAUCGGUGGAAGAUCAUCCCAAUCCCCAUCAGCACAGUCACAAUACAGUGGUUAGCGAAUGGAAUGGUGUAGAAUCAGACUUCUUCAUCGAUGCCCAGUCGCCAAAUGUGGAGGAUAGUAAAACAAUAGUGCCACAAUUUGCCCGCGUGGAUCUGGAGCCCGACUCAGAUGCUAGCGUCCUCAGUGAUCCUGAGGUUGAUCAGACUUUUAGCAACACUACGCACAACACCGCUAUGUAUAUAGAAAUUGAAUGAGAUUAGAAUGGGAAGUGGGAAUGCAAGGGAUUAUGGGGGCAUCAUCUUAAGAACUGUAACGAAACAUCUCCAAAGCGGCUCGUAGCAAAGCGAAAAGCCUAGUAGCGUUUCCAUUAGUAUAAUUCUUAGUCUUAGUACGACCAACGUAUGUACCUAACUUAACUUAGCCGUAUGCUGCCAUUGUAUCAUCGCCAGUUUGUAAGCGGCAAUUAGAAAAUAAUUGCAUUCUUGUUAUUAGUCACCCAAACACGACUUGUAUUACAUCCAAAUCCCAUAUGUGUUUAGCCUAAGUUGAUAAUGUAUAAACAAUUAAACAAUAAACUAAAUUUAUAAAA